AUAUUAACUACACUUAGUUAGUCUAUGUCUUGGAGAAUGAGCUAUAGGUGGAACCACCAGUACCGGACUGGUCUAUUCUGGGCUCCUCCGGUGCAUUCGGGCUAACUAGCUUGCUAGCUAGGCUAGGUGGCUAACCGUAGUUAGCUACAGCGCUUAGAUUGUUUUGCCAGCUUACUCCAGGCAUAGCAUAAUUUCAACAAAAUGUAAUGUUAAAGACCCGUCUGUGUUAAACAGCAUGAUGACGCAAUAACACUUUAACAUGUAUCCAGAGGGUAGCUAACGACCCGUUUUUGGUUUCCCAAAACAACUCCGGCCCGGGCCUCAGUCCGCGGUCUAGAGUUUGAUAGCGGACUGUUUGAGACAGAAGCACGUCGGUGUGUAGCUGCCAGCCAGCCCCUGAGCCCCAACCACCAUCAUGGGAGACAGUCGAGAUUCCCGCAGCCCAGACAGUUCGUCUGUGUCCUCCCCUCCAUCGGGCCAGCGCUCGCCUCCGCUGGUUCCCUCAGCCGCUUCCAUGACCUCCCUGCCUCCCAUCACCACCACUGGGGUUAACAGCCCCAUCAGUAGCAUUGGCUCCCCCUUUUCCGUCAUCAGCUCUUCAUUGGGAUCGCCCUGCCUACCUGGCACACCGUCGGUCGGUUAUGGCCCUAUUAGCAGCCCGCAGAUCAACUCAACAGUGUCCAUGUCAGGUCUCCAUGCAGUGAGCAGCUCCGAUGAUGUGAAACCUCCUUUGGGCUUGAAGCAGCUUUCGUCCCACAGCCCAGGGCCGAUGCUUUCCCAGAAACGCCUUUGUUCCAUCUGCGGAGACAGAUCCUCCGGUAAACACUAUGGUGUCUACAGCUGUGAGGGCUGUAAAGGUUUCUUCAAGCGCACCGUGCGCAAAGACCUGACCUACACAUGUCGGGACAAUAAAGACUGUAUGGUGGAUAAGAGACAGAGGAAUCGCUGCCAGUACUGCCGUUACCAGAAGUGCCUGGCCAUGGGCAUGAAGAGAGAAGUGGCCAAGAUGAACGACAGAUCUGUCCAAGAGGAACGGCAGAGGAACAAGGAACGAGAGGGCGAGGUGGAGUCGACUAGUGCGGUAAACGAAGAGAUGCCGGUGGAGAAGAUUUUGGAAGCGGAGAUGGCUGUAGAGCAGAAGACAGAGCUUCAUGCUGAUGGAAGCUCAGGCGGCAGCUCUCCCAACGAUCCUGUCACCAACAUCUGUCAGGCAGCAGACAAGCAGCUCUUCACCCUGGUGGAGUGGGCUAAGAGGAUCCCUCACUUCUCCGAGCUGGCCCUGGACGACCAGGUCAUCCUGCUGCGUGCAGGUUGGAAUGAACUCCUGAUUGCAUCGUUCUCCCAUCGCUCCAUCUCGGUGAAGGACGGGAUUUUACUGGCCACUGGCCUGCAUGUACACAGGAACAGUGCUCACAGUGCAGGUGUUGGAGCCAUCUUUGACAGGGCGCACAAUGCAGAGGUUGGGGCCAUAUUUGACAGGGUUUUGACGGAGCUUGUAAGUAAGAUGAGAGACAUGCAAAUGGACAAGACAGAGCUGGGCUGCCUUCGAGCCAUCAUCCUUUUUAACCCAGAUGCCAAGGGUUUGUCCAACCCCAGUGAGGUGGAGCUCCUAAGAGAGAGGGUAUACGCAUCUCUGGAGUCUUACUGCAAACAGAAAUACCCUGAUCAGCAGGGCAGGUUUGCCAAGCUCCUUCUCCGGCUCCCAGCACUGCGCUCCAUUGGUCUAAAGUGCCUGGAGCACCUGUUUUUCUUCAAACUGAUCGGUGACACGCCCAUCGACACCUUUCUGAUGGAGAUGCUAGAGGCGCCUCACCAGCUCACCUAGAGGAGCCAGGUUCGGUCCAGUCAGGAUCUGAUGCACACCAGGAUUACCAACACGUCACCCCAUGUUGGGUCGUUGUCUCCUCUCGUUGAGCCUCACUUAACUGCAGCACCUGCUGGUUUUAAUGUACCGGCUCUAUACACACACAAAAAAACUUGUUUUUUCCAUGCCACUGGCUAAUUAUCUUCACACACGCAGAUCUUAAAUUGCAUACAUGAAUUGACAUGCAACUUAAAUAAUACACAGAUAAUAUGGCUCUGAAUGAACAAUAUAUUAACACACACAUUUUCAACAUCUUUUCCCAUGCUCAGAUUUCCACCGUAGGGGUUACGACUCAAGGAAAUACAUCCCCUUUUUAUCACACGUGUUACAGUAAAUGUCUUAAUUUUAAGUUAGCUUUCAGUUUCACAUGUUCAUGUCACAGUGGGUUAUUGCUUCUGCGUAACUGGUAUACUUCCCCUGUUUUUACUUGGGUUACUUUGUUACACUGCUAGCUGCACCUCUGUAUAUUUUAUCCAUCACUAGCCAGUUAGUUAUUCAUGUAUGGUUUUUGCUUAAAAUCAGGUGCGAAGCAUUUCAAUCAACUGUCCAUCAUCAAACUAAUUCAGUUUUUAUUGAUCAGGACGUGUCCUAAAAUGGACAAGCAGACACACCCUCCCAGUGAGUUCAUCCAACUCGUAAACAUUGAAAUAUUUUAUGCUUUUUGAAUAUUCAUGCUGAAACUUGUUUGAGUUUCUAUUUUGAAGUACUGUACUCAUGAAAUGAGAGCUUUUUCCAAGGCAUUGAAAUCCAGGAAAAGGGGAGUGGGAGCACUUGUUGAACAGACAAACUUUGUCCCUCCCACCCUGAUGCGCACAGCGGGCUUUGUAAGACAAGAAGAAUGACUUGAAUUUUUUUUUUUUCAUAGUUUUGAUUCAUCCUUUUCUCUAUUUCAGCAGUUGUUUGGCAUUUUCAACAGCUUGAGGCUCACAGGUAGUACAGCUUCAUGCAAGACAAAACCAUAGUAGUUUGUCUUUUAUCUCCUGUUACCCCAAAUCCUCCUUUUCUGGUGGUCAUUUAUGCACUUUCGUGAGUUGUAACUGUGUAAAUGUUACUGUUUCCUAGAAAUGACCAUCUAUUCUCAGACACCUAAGAUGACCUUGAAGGUACUAAGUGUAGGGUUUUCUCAUUAUUGCAUCAUUGUUGAAUCAGAUGUGAUUAUUUGUUAAAGAACUUUCUGAAUAAUUGGCCACUUUCUGCACAGUUGAUAACCAGGUUUGGGACUCUACACUGACCACCAGUCAAAUUGUUUUGACUGGUCAAAUGGUCGAAAUUUUGGCUGGCAGGUAUGUGAGUCUGUCCGCACACCAAGUCCAGCUGGAAGUCCAUAAUUCUUGAUAGGUUGCUCUUUAGUCCAAAAAUCUUCUUUGUGUCCGUUUGUCAUAGACAAAAAAAAUAUUGUUUGACCUUUCUGUGUAUAAUUUGUCAGCCUCUUUGUUUGAUGCUGCACUCUGUUCUGUGAAACAAGGUGCAAAAAGCUACAUUUCUGUUCAACUCAAAAAGCAGCAGCAGAGCUGGAAAUGUAAAGACAGUGGCAAUAAUACAACAUUCAAUUUCACCUGGCCAUCAUUCAAUAUCAAAUUUGGCUUACCUGCAAUACUAUUGCAGCCCUCCGCUUAAGGAUGGAUCACAGACCGUGAAUAUAAACAAUGCCCCAGUGUUUGAAUUACUUGUAUGUCAUGUUACUGUAAUGCAAUAAUGAAAUUAGUUAGUGUUAUAUAAUGGAAAUCCUACACCUACUACCUGCAGCUUUGGAAACUUUAUUCAGUGUGUAUUGGCUCAAUGCUUGCGACUUUUGUACAGUAGAUGUAAAUAAUACAAAAGAAAAACACAGGAGUCAUGCAGAAACAAAGGCCUGUUCACACUCGUGAAUGUGAAACAUGUGGCUCCAACAAACAAUUUUAAAAGCUCUAUUUUUUCCUCCAAUGUAAGGACAUACCAUGAAAUUAUUAUUGAGCCCAGGGCCAAACCACACCUCAUUGCUGCUUUUGCACCAAAUUCUGCCAAUGUUUCCUGUUGUUCUUGGUAAUUGAUUGGCUGGAUUUCAUUGACAAUGGCACUUGACAUUUACUGUGAUUGAAAUUUGUGGCCAACUGAAUCCGAGCAUUGCAGUGAACAGUCAAAUGCAGCUACCACAUGAUCAGGAGAUAUACAAUAAACUAUGAAUCACACCAUCUACACAUGCUCAAAAGUGAGCAAUACUGGGGUACACAGUGAUUUAUUACCAUUUUUGUUAGUAUUUAAAGGAGUGUUGAUGUACUGAAGUAUACUUAGCCUUCUUAUUAGACACCACAUUUAUUAGCAAUUAGAAACGUACAUUUUGCAGUAUCAUUCUACAGGGAAGAGGUACAGCUGUCCUCUACCGGGUGCUAAAUAACUAUUAUGGUCUUUCCGUGUAAGACUUGCACAUUUACAUCAAUGCAAACAUGGUAUGCAAGUACACAGACACACCAGUCUCCACUCAUUGAACAGGUCUGUUUAGGAUGUAGGAUUCCCUCCUGGAUUUUUUUUCUGUUACUUUAGGACCCCUAACUUUUUUCAGACUCCCAACCAAGAAUAAUGAAUACCAGCUAAGUGCUUGUACAUUCUGGUUGUGGCAGAUUCGUCUUUUUACUUUACCAGACAGAGCCGGUGUCUUUUGUAUUUUAGAAAGCAGUUCGGCUGGUGGAAGCAAUGAAAGUAGCUGGUGGAUUUUGGGUUCCACCAUCUUCUUUGACCGGAAUGAGUAAUGAGCUUCCUGCCCUGCAUAUAGUCUAAAUACUUCUCUGAGAGGUUCCUUGGCCUCCCCCAUGUGAUGUGGACUUGGAGCCUGACAGUUAGAUGACCUGUGAGACAGGUGGUUUUGUUUAACAUGUCAGUAAGUUGGUCUAACCUUAGAGUUUGGUGGUGUUUCAGUUUUUCUCCAUCCAUUCGUACAAACGACCAACCCAAAGUAGUCUCCAGAUGUCCAUUAGUUCCCUACAUGCAGAGAAAUUCAGCCCUUCGUGCACCAUUGCUGCCUGAUUUUGUUGUUUGAUGACAAAGAAAAGCAAGGCGGUAUUGGCAAGCUAAUGAUUUCAAGCAUCAACAUUUGCUCGCAUUCUUGUACUGUAUAUGAUGCGGUUAUGGUCUCAGAGACUUAAGUGAAAAGCAUUCUGAGGCCACCAGACUUUGAGCUCUGUGAUCUGGAUUAGAGCAAAGCUAUCCUGAGACAGUUUGACUGUGGAAUGAAGUUUGUGAGUGAAACUUACUUGUCCCUCAGAGAGGGUCGGCUGACUUUAGGAUGUGUGUUCAUCUGUCAUCUCAGCAACUAUCUCUGUAGGAUUUUCUUUUUGGAGCUUCCUCUUUUAAAUGUGUAAGCCUGCUGCUACUGCAUCAUGUUUAUAGCUGGGGAUGGGAAUGAUUACACAAGUGCUGAAGGAUCAACUAGUUGGAUCCACAUAAAUGCUAGUCACAUACACAGUUGGCUUUGUUGAUGAUUCAUCAAAAAGUAAAAAUAUGCAACUUGUAUAUUCAUAUUGUAGUAAACAGUUGUCAUGCAAUAUGUGCAUUAUGUUUCUGGCAUUUGCAAAUUUGAGCUUAGUCUGUUACAUAAAUUAUUAUCUAUCGGCAUUGAAAUUAUUUCAAAUUCCCAUCCUCCAUGUAACAGCAAUGCGUUUAAGUUUUGCCAUUUCUAUAUUCUUAACAUUUUGCUAUGAGCUUAGGUCAUUUAGGGGAUGGUAAAUAGAUACAGUACAUUUAAAAAGCUAUACAGUCAGUGCAGGUUCUGUGUGCUAAGCCAAUUUAUGCUUUGCUCAUCAAGCUGACUGUUUUGGCAAGAGCUGGUGGUUGGCUAUUUCAUUUUCUUUUUUUUUUAGCAUUUGUUGUCGGGUAUGUGUGGCCAUGUGUGUGCUUUCAUGCACAUGGGCAAUGAAUCUGUCUGCAGCUAUGCCUUUUGACUGGCAGUUACUAUAGCUUUGGCAGUGAUGUGCUGAGCGCUGUUCAAUUGUUGAGCAAAAUACUCAAAGGAUGCACAGAGAAAAAGGAGCCAAGCGGGAGGGGUGAUUAACUGGCGUGUUGACCGGAUGCUUUAUCAACACAACCUAGUCUUCUCCCUCCCUCCACUUUGCCCUGUCUCCACUGCUUUACUUAAAA